CGAAGCGACUCUCGCUCCUUCCCAUCCUAUUCCUGGCAUUCAUCCUUCCUCUCAUCCAAUGCCGCGCGCCAACGGAUCAGCCAGUCGGGACUGUGAUGAGGCCACCCCUCUCCUCUUCUCGAAUCACGGCGCCCCACCACCUGCGCAUCGUUCCCCUCCUCGCCUGUCGGAUCGCCUUCUCCCAUCGGAAUCGUGGCCUGCCCUCCUACAGCAAUGCGUCCUCACUGGCCUAUUCGACGCCAUUACAUUCGCCAGCAUGCGUACAUGGGUCGGAUUCAUGACGGGAAACCUCACACAGAUCGCACUUGCGCUCAUCGAUGAGAUAGGCGACGGGCCGUUGGAGAUCGGAGGGACUAGUCGCUUGACAAAGAGCGUCGUAGCAUUGGCCGGGUACUGCGCAGGGGCAUAUGGGAUUGCGGCCCUACUUCGACUGCUGAAGAGACGGCGUGCCCGCUCAGAGGGACGCAAUGAUGACUCCAGCUGCUAUGACUCUGCCCCCUCGCGCGGCUGGUACCUCUUCAUCUCGCUCAGCCACAUCGUCUUCUUCUCCUUGCACUUCCUCCUCAUCCGCCUCUACCCGAGUAGCCCAUCAACCAAUCUCGCCCUCGUCUCACUAGCCCUCCUCGCCCUCCCAAUGGGAUCACAGACCGUCCUCUCUCUAACGCUAGGCUCUCCCAACCCCUACAGCACAACGGUGGUCUUCACCUCGAGUCUCGCAAACAUGUGUGCCGACCCUUCCUUCCCCCGCGGGCUAAUCCCAGGGUCAGAUCGCUCCAAAUCAACACUACGCCAUCGUGCCAUGAGCAUCUUUGCCCUCGUCUUCGGCUCCCUGUUAGGUGGCGCCAUCAUUCUCGCCGAAGAGCGUUGGACAGCUGCGCGUGCUCCGGCGAGGGGAGAGGGAAACGGACGCAAUAGCAGCGACGAUGAUGCUGCGCAGGGAAUUCUGCCUACUACGUGGGCGUGCGUUGUAGUCAUUCUGCUCCAGACGGCAAUCGCUGCCAGUUGGUGGACUGUUCCCGCCAAGCCGGUUGAGGAGGCUAGGCGGGAGGAGGACGACGACGAGGAGGAGGGGGCGUAGACGCGAGCCGCACGCACGCACGGACAUGCUAGAGGAUUUACGACAUGCUAAAUUACACAAUGCAAUGGAAUGAUCCGCACUU